AUACUCCUUCGAAACAUUCCUUACCUCGGCUGACCAAGCCUUACUCGAGCCGCAAAAAGUUCUCUUGGAUUUUCUGCUGGCAGAGAACAGAAGGGAGACACAAUGACUGUCUGCUACGACCACUCCUCAUCACGGAGCGUUGCUCCCACUUCAGUCGCUAGCCUGGAGGACCGGUUCGAGGUCCUCAAGGAAGUGGGUGAUGGCAGCUUUGGUAGCGUGGCCGUCGCACGUGUACGGACCGCUGGUUCCAACGUUGCACGGCGGGGGACCAUGGUUGCUAUCAAGACAAUGAAGAAGACCUUUGAUUCAUUGGCCCCCUGCCUCGAGCUGCGCGAAGUCAUCUUUCUCCGAACCCUGCCACCCCAUCCCCACCUUGUCCCAGCCCUCGAUAUCUUCCUCGACCCGCUUUCACGCAAACUACACAUCUGCAUGGAGUACAUGGACGGCAAUCUUUACCAACUAAUGAAAGCCCGCGACCACAAGCCCCUCGAUGGGAAGCACGUCAAGAGCAUUCUCUAUCAAAUCUUGUCGGGUCUCGACCACAUCCAUGCCCACCACUUCUUCCACCGCGACAUUAAGCCCGAAAACAUCCUCGUCUCGACAUCCGCCCCGAAUGACUCUGCUUUUAGCCGUUACUCUAACCUUGUUACUCCUCCUUCCACUCCCCCAACAUACACAGUCAAGAUAGCCGACUUUGGCCUCGCAAGAGAAACCCACUCCAAGCUGCCUUACACCACUUACGUGUCUACACGGUGGUACCGUGCGCCUGAGGUUCUUCUGCGCGCAGGAGAGUACUCCGCCCCAGUGGACAUGUGGGCUAUCGGUGCGAUGGCGGUUGAGAUCGCCACGUUGAAGCCCCUGUUCCCUGGUGGCAACGAGGUUGACCAGGUCUGGCGCGUAUGCGAGAUUAUGGGAAGCCCUGGUAACUGGUACAGCAAGUCGGGUGCUAAACUUGGAGGUGGUGAGUGGAGAGAAGGCUCCCGCCUGGCCCAGAAGUUGGGAUUUACGUUCCCGAAGAUGGCUCCCCAUUCCAUGGACAGUAUCCUGCAGGCUCCCCAGUGGCCGGCCGCUCUCAGUCAGUUUGUUACGUGGUGUCUAAUGUGGGAUCCCAAAAACAGACCGACUUCCACGCAGGCCCUGAACCACGAGUACUUUGCUGAUGCAAUUGACCCGCUGCGCCCAAAGUCGUCCACCGCUCGGCUGCUGGGUCGGAAGCAAUCGGAUAAGAGCUUCAAAUCCGCUAGCCGGGAUAACAAUGAUUCCCCAACCCUUGCAUACAAGUCAUCGUGGUUCCGGAGGUCAUUGAUCGGUCGGUCGGAAAGCCCUGUCCUGCCUGUGGAGAGCGAGAAUUCGUCCAAGCAAUCGGUGUCAUAUAACUCGGAGCUCCAGGCUGCCAAGAGCAAGCCAGCGCCCAGUAAGCGUGCCACUUGGGCGAAUGGGGCUCCAAUGCCCAUCCUCCCCUCGAUUCGGCCAGUCUCUCCUCUCUCUAAUGCGGUCACAGCGCAAGCCAAUUCAUCUCUCGCACACUCUGGCGACAGCGCCAACUCCAAGGCGAGCAAGAAAAUUGGCAGGCAGCUUUCUGUCAACUCGCACGGUAAUCACUACGCUGAAAUCCACCGGCAAGAAGCGGAGCGGGCGCUCAACGGUGGGGGAAACGUGAGCUUCGCCAUCACCCCAAAGGAGAGCUUUUUCUCGCACCUUCGCAAGAGAGCCCGCAGGUUAUCCGGUCGCAACCAGGCCAACACAGCGGACGAUGUUGAAGCGAACGCCGGCUGCAUGCCUUGGUCAAAUCGGUCUUCCCUGGCUUUGGACUCCGUCAACGUGAGCGAGCCGAAGCCGAACUCUGACCUUUCGGAGCUUGACAAGGCCCUUCAAACCGUGAAAUACUCCCUUGACUCGGCCGCCCUCGGUAAUGUUCCCGUGCAGAUCACUUCUCCUGUUGAUGGCACCAAGCGUCAGUCAAUGCCGCAAGGUUCAAUUCGCUCAAUGGGUGAAAGUCCUGUCUCGACCAGUGGCACCGGAGGGCCCAUCUCCAGUCGGACUCGGCGUGCAAUGCAGAUGUCUAACAACCCUAUCCACCGCUAUGAGACCCCCGAAGAGGAAGAUGAGCUUUUGGAUGAAGUUCUGCAUUCUGCAAGCAAGGCUGCUAGACGCCUAGCACAGACCGAAGUUCCAUCUGAUGUCUCGUCGAACUACAGCCGCCAGGCCCUGGGAAAUGACCAUUCUCGUCCAUUGCCCAGUCCUUAUCCUACACCCUCCCCAUCCGCCAAGUGCGAUGGCGUUUCUUUUGGCCAUUCGGAAACCACGCCGUGCAGACGACUACCCCUGCCGGAGGAGCAGACGGAUGCCAACUCCAGUCGCCAAUGGCCAACCCCUCCCUAUGAGGAUGGCGAAUGGGCCAAGCCAGCCCCGGCUAAGUUCCUGACAGGAUCAGCAACUUGCCGCUAGCUUGGAGAUGAACCUCUUCUUUUCAUUUCUUCACCAUCUUCGACUGAUCUUGUUCAUAUUUAAUCCAAGAGAAAAAAUGCGGUGGGCAUGCGCGGAAUAUCGGCGAAUUUAACCGAGCAAGGCGUACGGGAUCUGGUGUCUACUAUGUUUUCUAUCUCCGUGGAGGGCUGGCAGCUUCUUUUCCUUUUUCUUCUUCUCUUUUCUCCUUUUUUUCAUUUCCUGUGUUCUU